CGUACACGAGGAAGGGAAUCUCAAAAUGGUUUCUGUCCACAGCGCUCGCGGUCUAAUUAGACGUCAGAUUGUGCUGAUAUUCCUUACGUUCUUGUCGUUCUCAUCCAAAGCUUAUGCAAGUCUUUUAAUCGAACCCUCUUUCAUAGGACAAAAGCUACAAACCUUUGCGAAGGAGGGCCUCGGUGUUGACGAGAUGCAGGAGUAUUUUGAUAGCCUCAAAUACUACGAACGAGAAUUGCGAGGAACCAAUAUCGUUCCUCUGGCAAAUAAACUCAGGGAUAUCUUCAAGGCAAGAUUUACUAUCGCAGAGCGGCUCAAAAAAACUGUCGAACAUGCUUACGGCACGACAGAGGAACCCUUUCCAGAGUGCUGUAAAUUCGACAAAUCUACACUAAAGUAUGAUGUGAGGUUCCGCUCUAAAGUAAAUCUUAACAGUAUGUGUUUGAAGAUCGCUGGAACUGCUCCAAAAAAUCCAAUACAUCUAGACAGGACGAUUUUGAAGGAAAUGAAAGACAUCUCAGAUGAAUAUCCUUCAGUCAAGUGGCAGUAUUUUGGAUCAGAACAGGGUGUCAUGACAAACUUUCCAGCGUAUGACGACCCUGUAAAGUGUGACGGUUAUGACCCUCGCUUCAGACCAUUUUAUGUGGAGACUGCUACGCCUGAAGCUAAAGAUGUGGUGCUCGUGAUUGAUACAAGCUUUUCUAUGGUCGGAGACAAACUAGAUACAGCUAAAGAAGCUGCGAAAACCGUGCUGGAUACAUUGAACCCCAAAGACCAGGUUGGUAUCGUGUCAUUUGUUGACAAAGUGGAAACUCCAGACCGUGAAAACUGCUACAGUAAACAACUCGCCCUUGCAAUACCUCCAAAUGUAAGAAACAUGAAGUACUUUGUGACAAAUCUGGCAGCCUCCAAUGGGUUAACGAAGUUUAAACCAGCCUUUGAGAAAGCGUUCGACCUACUGCAAGGAUCAGUAGCCAGAGGCUCGGGAAAAAAAAGGAAAAGGGUCAUCUUAUUUCUCACGGAUGGAGCUCCAACGGAGCCAAACGAAAUCAAAGAUUUAUUUGUCACAAUAAGAGACAGGAAUGUGGAGCUUAACAACUCCGUCAUCAUUCUAACAUAUGGAUUCAAUAAAAACCAAGAUGACAUUCUGAUCCACAUUGCCAACCAAAACGGGACAAAAUAUGGCGUUGCGGCAAAUACAUCUGUUGGAGACGUAGCGCGUGGAAGUUACACCUACAUAGAAGACAUCAGAACGCUGAGAAGUAAAAUGGCUACUUAUUAUGACCUGUUUGCUGAACAGUUUAGUCAACCAAUUGUCUCUGUUCCGUAUGUUGAUGCUUGGGGAACAGGACUUCUGGUAUCUAUCACCAUAGCUUGCUAUAACCAUGGAAAGUUCAUAGGUGUUGCUGGAACUGACAUUAACAUUGAAGACCUAAUGCCUGACUUCACCAAAUAUUUCAAGCAAGGAAGAACCACUUAUACUUUUAUGAUCACUAAAUCUGGAAGGACCCUGAUCCAUCCACUCCUCCCAGCACCAGCUGACGCUUAUGGGGAUCCUAUUUAUAUGGACAUAAGGAACCUUGAGCGACCAGAGGCAGACUUCAAGGAAGUCUUUGAAUCAAUGACGAACGGCACAAAAGGGUCUAAAUCAUUCAAAGCCACUCGCUAUUUACCAAAAGGAGGUGUUACUUUAGAUGGAGUCACGGAGACGUCUAUUGAUUCAACUUACCACUGGUAUCCUGUGUUAGAGACGGAAUUUUCAGUUUGUGUUGUUAUACCUCCCUCUUUAAAGAAUGAUGUGUUAAGACCUCUGCAGAUCCCACAUGGCUACACAUUCACGUAUCACAGAAUCGACCUGUUACCGCCGAAGAAACUUUGCUCAUAUUUUGGUAAUAUCACAGCUAAAGACACCACCGUUGUGAAAUUUGCCCCCGAUGCCUUCUUAGACCCGUACACGUAUAUAGGAUCACAGGAGACCAAUGUAACUGUUCUGUCACUUGGCAACUAUAUGACGAAACGACCUGGUAGCGAGUCAUACUCCAAAUUAAGAAGUGGUAUACGAGAUUCGGUGACUGCUACUUGGAAACUGGAUGAUAUUUGGUUGCGCAGUAAAACAAACUUCACACAGUACGUGAUCUGGAGGUACAUAGGUACAGCUAACGGUGUAUUCAGACAAACUCCUGGUGGAGCCUUGCUAAAAAAUUACGAUCCAAGAAAGAGACCAUGGUAUAACACAGCCUUACUUCAUCACGGAUUACUCACGCUUACAACACCGUAUUUGGAUGUGGGAGGGGCUGGAGAGGUCAUAACUGCAGCCCGUGCCUUAUUUCACGGUGAAUCAAAUCACUUGUAUCGGGCUUAUGAUGAAGCACUUGGUGUAUUGGGGGCAGAUUUUCCAUUGAGGUAUUUUUACAGGCUGCUUACUGAUGCUUACCCCAAAUGCAGAGAAACUGAAGACUACUCGUGCUUUAUAAUAGACGACGCUGGUUUCUUGGUCAUGCACGAGGACUUUAUGGUCCCCUCGGCCUCAGAAGAAGGUGGAGUCGAGAAUGUGCAUAUAACCGAAAAAGAGAAACAUAUAGCACUACACAUGUUCCAAAACGGAUACUUGAAGAAAAAGGAAUGUCGCAAACUGGAAGACUUACAGAUGCAAACAUUUUAUGAAGUCACUUUACCAAAUGGUGGAGUCGAUGCGCUCGACAAUGUUGGGGGCUGUAACCGAUACCAACUCGGAAAAAUUGGAGGAACAAACGUGUAUUUAGGAAUUUCUGUCAAAGACUCGAUCUGUUCUUCACAAGCCGAAUGCACCUGUUCCUCCGGCAAACAGUGUCUAAACCCAUCCUCCUGUGAAUGUCCAUGUCACUCCAAGCUUGCUUUUCGGUAUUGUCUUGGAGAGUUUCCCAAUAGCAGUCUUCCCAUUUGCCCAGCACUGGGACCAAAACAAGCAGAUUUUGAUUCAUUUUCUACUCUUAAGAGUGAAAAAUGUCUUGAAAAAUGCUUUGAUCCUCAUUGUGGAGAGAAGGAUGAGCAAAGAACAUGUGAUGGACUGGUAAGCUGUUAUUGGUGCAAGAAAGACAAAGACGGUAUAUCGUUGUCAAAACCUUACUGCGGCACCUCAGAAAAAUGUUUCAGAGGAACAGAAAAUCCGGUUGAUAGAGAUGAUGAGCAAAAUGACAAAAUUUGCCAACCCUCAACAGAUCGUGGAUCUAAAGGUUUAUCGGUGGCUGCCUCUGUUGGAAUUUCCAUAGGAUGUGUAUUUGCACUUUUGAUUCUGAUUGGAAUUUAUAAGGUUGUAAAGUGUCACCAAAAUACAGGACCACGCCCUGUGAGGACGUUUUCCACACAAAAGAGCGCUGCAGCUCAGUUAACCGACCAUGAAAUGUCCCAUGGGAACCAAGGACACGAUUACGAGGAUCCCAGAGAUCUUAUGAUGCCACCCGGGCCACCCUCAUACAAUGAAGUGCUACGACAACAAAACCCAAGUUACAGUCCUCCGUUGCCCACCAUUCCUGAAUCAACUGAUCCUGCCCACGUACAACCGGUCAUUCCCGGGAGGAACGCGGUCAGGAAACAAUCGGUGUACAAUCCUCCUCCUGUUCCCCUGACAAGGAGACCAUCUGGUGCCAUAGAACAUCCGGGAUUGUUUCAGCAUGGUGUUCAACCGGCAAAGAACAUGAAAAGAAAGUUUUCUCUUGACAGUUCUGGAGUUCUGACGUCUAAUGAAAGUCCACCACCGUUAGCUCCCAGAGCAAGAGGUUUUUCUCAUAUCACCCCCCCCAUAUUAGCCCAUGUUCCUGAACUGUCCACUGCCAGUCUUCCACAAAAAUCUAACGAAGCAGGGGAGUUAAUGUACAGCAACACAAUAUCUACAGCCAGAGCUGCACGAGCACUACGUGAAGAAGAAAAGGAAGAUGAAGAUACCAACGACGAUCUUGGCUAUGUAGAAUGUAUUCAUGCUCGGAAUGUCGCUGGGGAGCCGCAAGCAAUUUAUGCUAAGGACUCAAAAUUGUAACAUUCAUUGCGGAUAUUGUAAUGUAAUUUGACUAAGAUAGGAAGUUUUUCUCAGUGUGCAUGAGAGAUUUUUGUGAUCAAUUUAAGCCAUGCAUGCGUUAGUACCACGAUCAUCAUUUAUCUACGGGCGUUAAACGCAAAACGAUAACAACAAGCUGUUUUUUUGGGGACUUAAAGAUAGACAGUGUUGCAGAGGCUAGAUUUAAGCAACUUUGCAGUGCUCAGUGCUAAUGAGAGAUCACCACGGAAUUGUUGAACCCACUUGGGUCCACAUAUUCUGUACCUAUACAAAAUGUGAACUGACUUGAAGCCUUAUUGAAUAAUCAUGUAAAACGAUUGCUCUUGAUAAAAAUGUCGAAGUUAUUAACCUUUAAUUUACAUUUCAUGAUAUUUCUAUUUAAUAGCUUUAACCUCCUCGAUUAGAAGGAUCCGUUUUGAUUUAAAAAUGAGACUUUCUUGCAUUCUACCUCUCUACAACUUCUACUACUUAAACUACUACUACUACUACUACCACUACUACUACUACUACUACUACUACUACUACUACUACUACUACUACUACUACUACUACUACUACUACUAUUACUACUACUACUGUAAUAGUGUAGUUAGAUCAUUCGGGUGAGCGUAGUCCUGAGAAGGACUGUUGUCGGUAGUGGUGACUCUACUACUACUACUACUACUACUACUACUACUACUACUACUACUACUACUACUAUUACUACUACUACUGCUGCUGCUGCUGCUGCUGCUGCUGCUGCCGCUGCUGCUGCUCCUCCUACUGUUUCUACCACUCUCAGUGAUAUCGAUUAGAGUAAAAGAGUUUCUUGAUACAGGCUGUAUCAGUCUCUAAAAGCUGUUUUCAACGUGAAACCUGUGUAUCAUUUAUAUCUUCCCCUCGCGCUGUGUGUUCUAAUAAAG